AUAUGCUUUAGAGCACAUUCGAGUAAAUUACUCUGCAGGGGACAAAAUUUUAAUUCUAUCUGAUUCAAUGAGCGCCUUGCAAGCUCUUAAAAAUAAAUGUAUUAGUGCAUCUGUAAAUUAUUUAAUUUAUAAGUUAAGAAGUUGUUUGAGUUUUUUGUAUUUCAGAAAUAUAUUUGUUGAAUUUUGUUGGGUGCCAGGUCACUCUGGUAUUGUGGGUAAUGAAUUUGUUGAUAAAUUAGCGAAAUCUACAAAAGAUAUAAAUAUUUCCGAUUUUAAAGUUCCGUACUCAGAUUUAGUUUAUUCAAUUAAACAAAAUAUGAUGAAACGUUGGUCUAAUUACUUGUCUAAGUCCAGAGAAACGAAAGGUAAAUGGUUAGCUGAAAUAGUCCCAGUACCUAGUACUAAAUCUUGGUUUGAUAAUUUUAGAUUCUUCCCGGGAAGAGCCUUUAUAUCGAUUAUUUGUAGAUUACGUAUAGGCCACGGUCAUUUUCCUGCGCAUCUUUUUAGAUUAAAGUUAAGUGAAUCAGCUGCAUGUACUUAUUAUAACUCUGGCAUGUGUGAUCUAGAUCAUAUUUUUUUUAAUUGUCCUGAAUUCAAUCAACAGAGAUUAUUGUUUAAUGCAUUAUGUAAAGACACAGGCUUAAAAUCUAUUCCUAAUUCCAUUCAAGGUAUUUUAAAGCUUCCACAACUAUUCUCAAUAGUGUAUAAUUUUGUACUUCACACUAUAGGACGACUAUGAAUGUAUAAUUCAUGAAUGUAUCAUAGGUCUCCUGCUUAUGUGCAAGUUUAAUUAUUUUUUUAUAACGACUCAUGUUCUUUUUUGUUGUUUGUUAAAAGAAAACUUGUAUUUUUUUAUAGUAAGUUCUUGCAAUUCAUUUUGUCAUUAAUUUGUUGUUUUCAAUGAUUUGUAAUUGUUUCUUGGUUUGGUUUGUUUCUUUUAUUUGUGUUUUUAUUGUAAGUUCUAGUUCAUGUUCUAUUUUUUUGUAAAAUUAGCUUAAGCUGAUGGCCGUGUUGCCAAUGCUUUCAAUAAAUUAAAAAAAAAAAAACACAACGCCCUGAGCUCGCGCCUCGCAAACAUGUCUCGACCGAUUUUAUCUACACAUGUUCUGGAUACCAGUACCGGGAAACCGGCUAAUGGUUUAAUUGUAAAAUUAUUUAAAAAACGUGACGACUCUUGUUGGACUUUGUGGCACAAUACAGUGACAUCUAGCGACGGCAGAAUACAAUUCCCGUUUUCAAAAGACUUCAUGGCCGUCGGAAUUUACAAAUUGAGGUUUAAUGUCGGAGACUAUUAUAAUAAUUUGAAUAAGGAAACCCUUUACCCUAUUGUUGAGAUCGUGUUUAACACAAAAGAGGACGAACAUUACCACAUACCGUUGUUGCUCAGCCCUUACGGAUACUCUACCUACAGGGGAAGCUAACUAAAAUCCUAAAAUUUUACAGAAAUCUAACUAUACGUAAAGCAUUGUAUAUGUAAUAAUAAACAAUUUUUGGCUA